AAAAGGGUUGAUUCACAUUUUCCAGCUGAGUUGGGAAGGAAAAUGUGAGCGGUGGUCUUUGUGUAGAAGGAAAAUGCAUAUCCCUUUUCUCAAAUUAGCGUCAAUCGUUAAUUUGAGUUGGGAAUAUUUAUUGCACGGGAGACAAAAGGAAUACCAUUUAAUCAAUUGGAGAUUAAAUAAAGGAAAUUGUUAAUUUGUUAGAUUCAUUUAUAACAAAAAAAUCAAGAUGAGUUCGAAAACCCCUUUUAAUGUUUUGUAUGAUUGUUGAAUUGACAUUAUGAGAAAAAUAAUAUCAUAGUGGUGAGGUCUGUUUCUUAUUCACGAGUCCUCAUUUCCAUCCUUUGCUGGGUCCCCUCUUCACAUGUCCCUAGAGAAUAUCUUCCCAUAUAAAUACAAAGCUAUAUAGCGUAGAUGGCAAUUUGCAUAGUGAAAGAAAGGCCUCUUGACUUGCAGACUUCUGUCUCUAUUACCUACAAAACACCAACUUCUUCAUUAUUUUAUUUUGAUUCAGUGCACCUUCAUUGUAUAUAAUGGAAAUUAUACAUUUCUUUAAGAGAAAAAUGAAAAUUUUGUCUCCCAAUCUUUUCAAUGAGAUACAAAUUUCAUUUGUCUCAUAAAACAAAUUUGUUUUCACAUAACAAGUUGACAAACCUCUAUGUAUUUAUUCUAACAUGUAUAUAAAUCCUUGAGGAUUUAUUGCUCACUGCCUGAUUCCAACACGUACCCUUUUCUUAUUCAAUGCUAAAUCUACAAUGUCUCGACUCUGUGAUCUUUCAAUCCAUGUUAAUGCUCAAGAAACAUUCUUUCUAAAUGAGAAAAUUCUGUCUGCAUAUUCAGGAAAGUUGAGGAAGAUCAUCAAGCAAGAAAAGAGGAAAACCCAGAUUAAGAAUUCAGUUAUUGAAAUCGAUGAUUUCCCAGGAGGUCCUUAUGGUUUUGAGCUGGUUUCAAGAUUCUGCUACAAUCAUGGCAGAAUUGAAAUCACAGUUUCAAAUGUAGCUCUACUCCAUUGCUGUGCAAUCUUUCUAGGUAUGACAGAUAAAGUCUCAAAUUGCAAUCUCUUGAAACAGACAGAGAUCUUUCUUGAAGGAAUUUUUGACUGGUCAUGGAAUGAUAUACUCGCAAGUCUCAAGAGCUGUGAGUGCUUUUUCACAUAUGCAGAUUCAUCAGGCCUUGUCCAGAAGCUCAUCUAUGGCUUAUUAGCAAAGAUUACUCAACAUUCUGAUACAAACCUGAUUGCUUCUUCUUCGUCUUCGUCUUCUUCUCCAGAAACUGCAUCUGGGUUCAGACUCUCCUCUUCCAAAACCACUCCCGAGUCGAGAAAACCGUUUUCAUCCUCAGGCAACCAGUGGUGGUUCAAUGACUUAGCCUUAUUAUCUCCUGUAAUAAUUGAAAGUUUCAUCAAGAAUUGGGAGGCAUAUGGGAUUCAUAACAACAGCUUGAUCAUCACAAGAUUCAUCCUCCAUUACCUGAAAAACAGAGUUCCGCGCAAAGCUGUGUGCUCAAGAUCCGACUAUGGUGGUCUUGCAGACACAGCUGUUCAUGGGGUGAUAUUGGCCGGGAAAAGUGAAUUUUCUUGCAGAGGACUGCUGCUGAUACUGAGGAGUGUGUCAAGAUUUGGUGUGAGCAAAGAUUGCAGAGCUAAGUUGGAGAAGGUGAUAGGCAACAUUCUUGACGAAGCAACAUUGGAUGAUCUGCUGAUAUCUGGGCAUGAGAGGAGUGGAAUUUAUGACGUUAAUCUGGUUAUAAGAUUGAUAAGAAUAUUUGUUAAUGGUGAAAUGGUGAGCAUUCAAAGGAUGAAGAAAGUUGGUAAAUUGAUUGAUAAAUAUUUAAGUGAAAUAUCUCCUGAUCCCAACCUCAAGACCUCAAAAUUUCUUGGAGUUGCAGAGAGUUUACCAGAUUCUGCUAGAGAUUGCUUCGAUGGAGUUUACAAAGCCAUUGAUAUGUAUCUUGAGUCCCACCCAACAGUUCCAUUUGAGGAAAGAACAAAGAUAUGCAGCAGAUGCCUUAACUAUGAGAAGCUAAGCCUUGAGGCUUGUAAAGAGCUGGCUAUGAACCCAAGAAUCCCUCCAUUUGCUUCAAUCCAAGCUCUCAAAUCUCAGAAGUCUCACAUCCCACAAGACCAUAACAGGAAUGAAGACAUGAAAAUGAACAUAGACAUUAUGCAGAGAAGAGUGAUGGAGUUGGAGAAGGCUUGCAAAGAGAUGAAGGGUCAGAUGUCUUGGCUGGUUAAGCAUAAUCUCACCACUCAUCCUUUUCAUUACAACCGAGCUUUGCCUAGGCUCUGUUGAAUCUCUCUUCAUUAAUUUAUCAUCUCUGCUUAUACAAGGAUACUUCAUCUUCUAUACAUAU